AUGGGCUCCCACGCAGAAUAUACCUUCAGCAACGCCAUCGCCGACGUCAAAGCCGGACGGUCUCUGGCCGAAACAACUCAAACACUUCUAUCCCAACUGACAAGAGAGGAACACCUUUCCCUGCUCGAUGGGGAUGUCGAAUUCUGGCCCGGUUUACGGUCGAUACUAUGCGACCGCUACAACCGAACACCCUACGUUCAUGGGGCCGUCCCACGGAAAGAGAUUCCCGGGAUCAAGUUCACCGACGGCCCCCGCGGCGUAGUUAUGGGAAGUUCCACGGCCUUUCCGGUCCCCAUGGCUCGGGGAGCUACUUGGGAUGUUGAGCUGGAACGUCGCGUGGGGGAUGCCAUCGGUCGCGAAGCCAAAGCCCAAGGCGCGAACUACUUCGCUGGGGUCUGCGUGAAUCUCCCGCGGCAUCCCGCCUGGGGUCGCAUUCAAGAGACCUACGGAGAGGAUCCGCUUCUUUUGGGAGAAUUCGGAUUGGCGCUGACGCAGAGUGUACAGAAGCAUGUCAUGGCAUGUGUGAAGCACUAUGCGUUGAACUCGAUGGAGAACGCGCGAUUUCGGGUCGACGUGAGUGUAGAAGAGGCAGUGUUGCAUGAAGUCUAUCUAGCACACUUCCGGCGCAUUGUCAAGGGGGGUGUGGCUGCCGUGAUGUCGUCCUACAAUUCGGUCAAUGGCGAGUGGGCCGGGCAGAACCGACAUUUGCUGACAGAGAUUUUACGGGAUCAGUGGGGAUUUGAUGGGUUGGUGAUGUCUGAUUUUAUCUUCGGCUUGCGCGACGCGGCAGCGUCCGUCAAAAAUGGCAUGGAUAUCGAGGCACCGUUCAGACAACAGAGAGCCAGGAAGCUGCCAAUUGCUUUGGAAUCCGGAGAGCUGGACUGGCAAGACGUCGAACGUGCUUGUGAGAGGAUCCUUCGGAAGCAGAUUGAGUUUACCGUGCGCACGGAGGAUAGCCAGCCCAGCCCCAACGUGGUGUUUUGCGACGAGCAUCGAGCACUGGCGCGGGAGGUCGCUGGUCGGUCUAUGGUCCUCCUGAAGAACGACACUGUCGAUGGGAGGCCUGUGCUUCCGCUUCAGGCUGAAUCGGUGUCUCGUGUUGCUGUUGUCGGUCGCCUCGCGAACGUCGCCAACACUGGGGAUAAGGGAUCUUCCCAAGUGUUUCCGCCCGGUGUAGUUACGCCACUUGACGGAAUCCGAGCGGCGUUGCCAGGCGCAGAAGUCCUUUUUGCGGAUUCAAUCACCGAAGCCGAGCAGCUUGCCUCCCAGGUCGAUAUCGUGAUCUGCAUUGUGGGCUACACCCACGAAGACGAAGGCGAGUACGUUGUACCAGCCCUCCAGGACAACCCGGCCCUGCGAGACACGCUUCCGCCGACGACUACUGCGGAAGAGCGCGAGACUCUCGAUAUCUUCGAGGGUAAUUCCGACAAAGGUGGCAAUAGCGGGAUUGAGGCGGGUGCUGGCGGCGAUCGCACAUCACUAAGACUCCGCGAUGAGGACGAGAAGUUGAUAUCCGCCGUCGCUGCCCACAAUCCGCGUACUGUAGUAUCUGUCAUUACGGCGGGCUCUGUGAUUAUGGAAGCAUGGAAGGACAAAGUGCCAGCCCUCUUGAUUAGCUGGUACAGUGGGAGUGAAGGUGGGCAUGGUCUUGGCGAUGUACUUCUAGGAAAGGUGGAUGCGAGUGGCAGGCUCCCCUUCUCCAUUCCCACUAGCGAGACGCAUCUGCCUUUUUUCGAUCGGGACGCAGCUGAGAUUUAUUAUAACCGGUGGUUUGGACAGCAUAUGCUGGAUAAGUUGGGGGUCAAGGCCGCAUUUCCAUUCGGAUUUGGGUUGUCGUACACAACAUUCGCGGUAGACAAUAUAGUCGCCGAGAGAGUCGAUACCGAGUCCAUCCAAGUCGCGGUCAAUGUCCAGAACACGGGAAACAGGCCUGGGAGGUUCAUCGCUCAAGUAUAUGCCGUGACUAGUAUUCCAGAUUUCCCAACUCGCGUGCUCGUUGGCUUUGCACCAGUGGAUCUAUCGGUGGGGCAGAAGACUGCCAUGAGAUUCUUGGCUUCUACCAGGCCGUUACAGCAGUGGAAGGCAGGCACCUUUACGCUCCGGACGAAGGAAGUUCGACUCGAAGUGGCGUCAUUCGCUGGUGAUAGAGGUUCUGUAGGUACGAGUGUGUCUUUAGUCUAG